AUGACUAUUAUUAUCAUCGGAGGUGUUACAGCUGUUGGUAAAACAACGACAGCUAAGAAAUUAAAAGAUUUAUAUAAUUGGGAUUAUGUAGAAGGAGAUCAAUAUCAUCCGAAGUCAAACAUUGCUAAAAUGCAAGCGGGUAUACCAUUAACAGAUGAAGAUCGUCUUCCUUGGCUAAUACUUCUACAUGAAACAUUAACAAAUUAUUUAACCACCAAUAAAAGUUGUAUUAUAACAUGUUCAGCUUUAAAAUCGCAUUAUCGACAAAUAUUAUUAACUGGUUCAUCAGAUCCUAACGUUAAAGUAAAAAUAUCAACAGAAAAUGUUUAUAUUAUUAUAUUAACAUUGUCAAAAGACACUCUACAUGAUCGCUUGCUUCAAAGACAGAAGUCACAUUUUAUGAAUCCUUCAUUGUUAGACUCACAACUUCAAACUCUUCAAUUGCCUGCAACUCAGACAGAUGAACCUUAUACAUAUAUUAUUAACUGUGAUAAUCAUUCACAAAAUGAAAUUAUUAAUGAAAUUCAACAGAUUAUAAAGCAGUGA